AUGUCUGGAUGCUUUCCUAAGUUGGCCUUUCUUCUGGCAAAGAGACAGGCCGCCGACACCAAGGCCGCCGACACUAAGGCCGCUGACACCACUGAGGCCAACGACGCCAUGUCGAAGCCUGACAAAUACAAGAACCCCUCUGAGAAGGGACCUGCCGUCCCCGGCACUGCCAGCAGCUCCGUUUGGAAGCCGAUCACCUUCCCCUACACUGGCACUGGCAUCAAGCGUUCUGCCAGCGGUACCCACUGGGUCUCUCUGGGUUCCCCGAAAGAAGAUGGCUUUGCCGCGUCUUCUCACGCCGCACCGCCUCUGUACAUCACUGAUGACCUAAAGAAGAAGGAUCAGCCCGUCGAGAAGAAGGGAAAGCAGUCAGCCGGUAGCGUAGGCAAGAAAGACAAGAAAGCUGCUGACGAGACCCACAUGUUCAAGGGUGGCUACAUUGCAAGCCGCGUGAAGCCUGAGGACCGUCAGCCGAUCGAAUAG